AGUGUUUUGUUGCUCAUUCACUGGCCUCAAAAAUAAGUUGCCCAAAAUGCUGACUUUUACUAUCACAAAGACAUCAGACGGCAAUGUCACCUGUUGAUUUUGUACAGCUUGACAAAUACUGUGCCUUUUAGUUUCAGUUAAUGGCAACAAUUUGUGUUUGGCAAAUUAGUUUGAAUGAUGAUUGUAACAACCCAUUAAAAAAAAAAAAAGCCACACAAGUGCCAGGAGUCACCCCCACAAGAGGUAUUACUGUGCAUUUUAAAAAAAUAGAGCUAUGAAAAUGAAUCUCCUGUUUUACAAGUGUGUUUUCUACCAGUCACAUUGCAUUCCGUUUUCUACGCCAUUCAAAUCUUCGCAUAAUUGACAAUGAAAUAAAAACAAAUUCCAUGCAGGCGGGAGCAUUGUGUGAUAACAAGACAUUGAUGAAAGCCAACGACGACACCACAUGUGACCAUCCACACAAAGUCGUCAACAUAAUACUGCUGUGGAUGUCAGGACUACUCUACAAUGCUGUAGAUUCUUCAACGAGAAACAUUCUGGUCUUAUUUCAGUUAAUGGAGCCUCUUCACUGGAAUGUGACACAGGUGAGUCGAUUUGGAACUUCCUUCCCGCUGGCUUUUGCAGUGUUAAUGUUUGUGCUCAAAAAUAAAUCAUCUCAUCUCAUUAGUCAAUGCUAAUAGGAAGCACAUUGUAUGACAUUAAAUUCACGUUACAUCCGAAAUGAAAAUUAGUUUUCUCUGAGUAGUUUCUCCCAGACCCCCCGCACAGCCUAUGAGGUGAGGAUGAUCUUUCAGAGACACUUGAAAAUCGGGCAUCGGCUGAUUUUGAUGGGAAUGGUCAGAUUCAACACAAUUAUUUGUGCUUGUUCUAACUAUGACACGUGUGGCUCCUGCAGGUUAGCUACGGGAAUGCGUCUGGCUUCCUGAUUACAAUCUCAAGUUUCCUGAGUUCCGUCAUUUUAUCAAGGUGGCUCAGUGAUAGCUCUCUGAUCACUAUUGGCCUGCUCUCCAAUGCCGCUGGGAUGCUUCCAAUGGCUUUUGCCACAACUACAUACAUGUUCUUCAUUGCCCGUGUUCUGGCACUCUUCUCCCUGAUGCCUGUUCCAUUGAUAUGUUCUCUACUGUCCCAGCAAGUGCAUGGUUCUUCAUACAGUAAAGUGCUUAUUUCACUGCAGCUGUCUUUGAAAUUGUCCAGCGCGGGAACUAACUUGCUCUACGCCAAGAUUUACCAAUUGACUUUUAGUUGGUUUCCUGGCUUUGUCCUGAUACUAACCAGCUUGAUCUCCAUCGUGGCCAUCAUACCCAUAAGAAUAUUUGACAGCAGACUGUCUGUUGGGCGCAUCUACCUGGUCAUCGCAGAUGAAGAGGCCAGUGAACAUGAACUUUUACUUGAGAUGGAAGAACCCAGUGAUGACAGAGCGAUUUGCAAGUAGAGUCCUUCAUGUGUUCAAAAAAGGAACAGAACAAGAACAAGAAUUUACCCUAGGAGAAAGCAAUCGGUAUUCUGGCUUUAAAUGUUAUUAAAAUGGAAACAGCGCUUUCAGACAACAAAUAACUUUAUAGGGUGCUUUGGAGUUUCUCCAUUUUAUUUUCUGGCAUGUUUGUUUCACACAUGGGAGAGUCUGUCUCAAACCCCUUUUUGACCAGUUAGUGCAGACAAGAAUUGAGACCCUUACUGUAAAAGCAGCUCUGUCAGACUGUCAUUCUGAUAGCAUGUUUGUGACCUGUGUUUUAGACAUUACAGUAGACCAGUCUAACUAAUUACCGGUACCUGUAGGUUGAUUUGAAAAGAACUUUCAUAAAUGUUUAUUGACAGAUACAGUUCCUCCAAAAGCAUUGGAACGACAAGAUUAAUUCCUUUGUUUUUGUUGUACAGUAUCCAGAAGACAUUCAGGUUUCAGAUCUAUAUCAAGCCAAAGGCUCCACCUUUUAUUUCAUGCUAUUUACAUAUCGAUGUGUUAAACAAGUCAGGACGGAGCACAUUUUAUUCGAUGCCACCCACUUUUCAAGUGAGCAAAAAUACUCGAACAUGUGAGUGGCCAAGUCAAUCGCCAGACUUUAACCCAAUCGCGGAUGCAUUUCACCUCAAAGAGGAGACUGAAGGAAAAACCCUCGAGAAACAAACAAGAACAGAAAGAGCCUGCACUGAAGGCCAGGAAAAGCAUUUCAAAUGAAGAAGGCAACAAUCCGGUGAAGUCAAUGGCUCACAGGGCUUGAGAGAGUUGUUGCCAGUAAGGCUUAAGCCACAAAAUAUUACAUGUUAUUCUCUUGAAGUUAAAUUAAUAUUGUCCGUUCAAGUACUUUUGCUCACUUGAAAAGUUGGUGGCUUCAAACCAAAGGAAGCACUGUCCUGAGUUGUGUAACACAUCUAGGUCAAGGUCAAGGUCAAGGUCAUCUUUAUUGUCAAAUAUGCUUUAUGUAUGACAUGCAUCUAGAUGUAGAUACCC